AUGGCGAUUUCGGAGAUACUUCAAAUUUACCAAUAUUAUAUUAGAGGCAAAAAAAUGGCAACGAAAGAUACAAAUGAAAAAAGCAAAGUGGUGAAAAAUGAAGGAAAAAGUGAAGAGCGUGAAGGAAGUGUCGGCUUAGCGAAGUCUUUAACAUUAUUCAAUGGUAUUUCCAUCAUUAUUGGAUGUAUCAUUGGAUCAGGAAUCUUUGUUUCUCCGACUGGGGUUCAAGAAAAAGCCGGAAGUGUUGGAUUAUCACUGAUUGUCUGGACAGCUUGUGGUAUAUUUGCUGCCAUUGGCGCAUACUGUUAUGCAGAACUCGGCACCUUAAUUCAUAAAUCUGGUGGUGAUUAUGCAUAUAUAAUGGAAGCGUUUGGGCCAUUUCUUGCAUUUAUUCGCCUUUGGGUUGAAGCUAUUGUUGUGAGGCCGUGUACGUGUACAGUUGUUGCAUUAACUUUUGCGAUAUAUAUGCUUCGACCGUUUUACCCAAAUUGCGAUCCUCCACAGCUUGCUAUGCCGUUACUUGCUGCCACUUUGCUUAUAAUUCUAACAGCAAUUAACUGCAUAUCAGUUCGUCUCGCAACAUUUGUUCAAGAUUUUUUCACUGUCGCAAAAGUUUUCGCUCUUUUAUUGAUCAUCGCUACUGGUGCUGUUUUACUGUUCACAGGUAAACCAGAGUAUCGCGAAUCAUUCGAAAACAUUUUUGAUAAUACGAAUCCAGACAUUGGUGUUGCUUCACUUGCUUUUUAUUCUGGUCUGUUUGCUUAUCAAGGCUGGAAUUAUCUGAAUUUCAUUGUUGAAGAACUCCAAAAUCCUAGGAGAAAUCUUCCAUUAUCCAUUGCAAUUUCUUGCACAGCUGUCACGCUGAUUUAUGUGCUUACAAAUAUUGCCCUAUAUACUGUCAUUAGUCCAGAUGAAAUGUUGACGAGUCCUGCAGUAGCUGUGGAGUUUGCCAAUAAGAUGUUUGGUCCAUUGGCGUUUAUAAUGCCUAUAUUUGUUGCUUGUUCCACAAUUGGCUCGGCUAAUGGAGUUAUCUUCACUUCGUCGAGGUUAUUCUUCGUGGGAGCACGGGAAGGCCACAUGCCACUUGUCCUGACUAUGGUUAAUAAAGACACAAGAACACCAAUUCCAGCUGUCAUUUUUACAGUAAGGACAGUUUAA